AAUCUAAAGGCGGGCUCAAUAAGGCUCAUUCCUCUCCAAGGUCAAGGGGCUACAGACAGAAAUUUCUAGGAGGAAUAUAACAAGAACCAUGUAUUCCCACCAUCAAAAUGUUCCUUUAAUACCCAGACGCAGGUCUCGAAGAACAAACAGUUAGUCAAUUUUGCCAAGUUAAGCGAGGGCGACUCUCAAAGUACGUCUUUAUAAAAUGAUUUGUAGGCUGUGCUAGUUGAAGCUCUUGUCAUGCGAUAAAUUUUUUGGUUUCAGUUGAUUAUCCUAAAUCGUUUUCAUAUAUUUCCAUCUUAGGUCUUUUGGGAAAGUAUUACUAAUUGACUGUCCAAUAAGAAGAAAAUAAUCUAUUAUCAAUCAUUUGUUUGCAUUAUCACCUCCGUCUUGAUUACAAAGAAAAAUGCCAACAGUAGAUAAAGCCUUGGCCUUGUUAAGAAAAUAUCCUCGAGUUUCUCCUCACAAUAUAUCUGAUCUUCCAGGAAGCAAACCACCCAAGUAUCACGGUUUGAAACGAAUGCGAAGAGGUCUUGGUCAUCGUGGUGCUUCCCAGUUUCAAGCCUUUCCACCCUUGGGAAUAUUGGGUGCGAAGACACCAUUUUAUCUUUCUGUUCCUAAAGAACCUUACAACAUUAACAGCAUGUCUGAAAACAAUCUUUACCGUAUUUCGCUUCUAGAGCUCCAGAGACUGAUAGACCUUAAUCGAAUAAAUCCAUUAGAGCCUAUUGACAUUUCCACACUAUGUAACACCAAUCUUUACCGAUUAAAUGUGGAUCAUGAUCGGCAUUAUGGUUUCCAUCUAACUGACGAAGGUAUCGAUAACUUUGUUACUCCUGUUAAUAUUGAAGUUCAGUAUGCUAGCGAAGAAGUAAUUGCAGCUGUGGAAAGAGUAGGAGGAAUAAUCUGUAACCGUUAUUAUGAUCUGUAUUCCGUUUGGGUAAAAUCUGAUCCUCAAGGAUUCUUCAUGAAAGGCAUUCCGAUCCCAAAAGCUAAAUUGCCUCCUAAUUAUGUAUUGUAUAUAUUGAAAACAGCAUUAAUUAUCGUGAACGUGCAGAUGAACCUUUACGCAUGCGUCGGUAAAAUACUGUAGUUAGUUACAUUUUGUUAUACUUUCUACCUUUUGUGCGCUAAUCAAGGACGCUCUUUUAACUAGUACUUUGCAGAUUCGUAUCCUUUCUUUUUCCAUACAUGUUGACUUCGUUUUUUAUCAAAUUUUUUUUAAAAAUUGGAACUCAUCCUUAGUUAAUGGUAAAUUAUUUACUUAAGUGUUGCACGGGUUUCAUAAAAUGAUGGCUUAUUAAUUCAUAACGACAGGUUUUCCUUCAACAUGUUUAAUAUUUUUUAAAGCUCAUUUAGUCUCAAAAUGCGCACUAAAAGUCGGGAUUUUACUCUACUAAUUCCCUGGAAAUUUUUCCGAAGAAGCAAACAAUUUUGGUUGUACCAAUGGAAGUGGUGGUGAGUAUCUAUCAGUGUUUUUUGGAAGGUUCUCAAGUGCACCUUUCAACUUGUUUUUAUAGUACUGGAAGCUUUCCAUCAGAAUAAGAGGUUUCGUCCGGUCACUGCACAUUUUGAUAAGAGAGGUCAAGUAAUCUAUCAACAUCCAAUGUGCCCACAUCCACAAACACUUUCAACUAAACACAAAUUUAGUGUAUGUGGCUAUCAUCGUUCUCUUUUUUUGUGUAAACGUAGCUCUAUAAGACAAUUCUUCCUAGUAUUUAAUUACUUACUGACUGCAUAGUUCAAAGUCGAAUCAAUUUAUUUAACGUAGGCUGCAUGUAACUUACACUUCAGUUGUGAAAGACAAAGGAUAAAUGGAUGCCAUAGGAUUUGCUGACAGACACUUGUGUGUUCUUUGCUUUUGUCGGUACUUAAUAGACACUUUCUUAAACAUGUUACUUGUUUCAUUUUCGCUUUUGUAAACAAAUAUCUUGAAGAGAGCAAGAACAAUAUAGUUAACUCGAUUGAAAUCUUCUUUAAAUCAUGAUACACAUCUUCAUCUUUUAUCAACUUCGUAUGUAUAAGCUGUAAGCAGCUGAUGAAAACCUAACGUAAUAAAAUGAAUUCAUAUUAUUUUGCAUCAAUCUUUAUUCUUGCUCUCUUUAAGACAAUAAAGGGAACUAUGUGUAUGGAAUGACUUGAAAUAAAAAAUAUAUUUCAUUUACAAAGUGCAAGUUCAUAUACUCAGUUUUGAUACACAAUUUUUGUAUGAGACCUAAUAAUAUUACUCCGCUGUCAAAAUAAAACUGGUGAAACUAUAAUUUAUGGACGAACCAAUGAGAUUUCAUUUAGAAAGUCUUAGAUUUUAGCGCGAAAAUCAUUCAUUCAUGUGACUAAAUAGCAUUAUAGCUGAUAUCAGUUAAUAACCAAAACCCUUAUUUGCAAAUCUAAAUUGUAAUCCUAAUUUCUCGCUUUUAUUUAUAACCCUUUCAACUCCCGUAAGUGAAUCUCCUCAAGGUCACCCUAACAUCUCUAAAAGGUUUUCCGUAUACUAUGGUCUCACUCAGUAAUAGUUGAUUUGAAUUCCCUACCUGAACAAUAUGUAUCUCAUAUUUCGACGAUUAUUCCGAGAAUGGACUUUUGAAUUAGAGUUUUUAGUGGGAAAACAAAAAUUUUCCACAUUUAAUGAUAAACCACUACCACUUUAUAGCAAGAAAAUAUCAACUGACAACUUACUUAAUUCUAACAUCCUUUAUUUCUCGAGAGGUUUGCAGACAAUUCAGCUAAAAGUAAAUGACACAAGGUUUGAAAAGGGCAAAAAGUUGUGGCUCAGAUUUGAACGGAUAGGUAGGAUGGCUAAAGUACGAAUCUAGACGGUGUUCCGUACUGAAACACGAUUAUUAAUCUGAUUCUAGUUAACUUUCUGGGUAGGAUCCUCAGGAUUUUGAGAACCAGUGAUCAAUAACAGUUCGAAUUCGACUAUAGUACCACAAAUGCACCAUUCGCCUUUUACCUAGAUUUUGAGUAUAGUAUUUUUCUUCCAUUAAUCUCUCCCUACUCAUAUUUCCUAAUUGUUGCAGAGUAACAUGACCUAAACCAAAGGAUGUUUUUGCGGUUUUCCAAGUUUAUCUUUCAUGCUUUUUUGAAAAUCAAGAAUUCAUAGCUAUUACUAAUAUCCAACCGCAGAUAUAUAUAUAUAUAUAUAUAUAUAUAUAUAUAUAUAUACCGAAUUAAAACUAGAAAUUGAUAAUAACUCAAUUUCAAGUGCAAUGUUAUGGUUUGUGAAACUGCAGAAAAUGGAGAUCAUAAAUCUAAUGUUAGGCAGUUGGAGAAAAUCAACAUCUAUGUUUAAAUAUCUGUAUUGUGCUAUUAGAGACUCAUUAAAGAGUUGGAUCCUCAAUCUUGAGAACGCCGAAGAUCCCCGUACGGUUCGAGCCCGCACCGCCCAAUGUCACAGUACUUUAUUACUAUUCAUCUGAUACUGAUGAAUUUAUUAUUUGAGAAUAUGGUAGUAAUAUAUUGUUUGCUGGCUACUCCCGUUUGGUAAAAAUUUAAUCAAGUUUUACGGUGUGGUAAAAUCUCACAAGUUUAUUCACAGACACAUUCUCGUUGGUUUCUCUCAAACAUUAUUAACAUUUAUUUUAUCAUAAGUCCUGAAUUGAUACCUGGUCAAAUAUCGCGAGCAUACUCAUUUUGAAUCCUUCAUAUUGAAUUUGUAAUUAAAUCUCAUUUUGGAUAUAUCACUUUAAAAAAGUGCUGCCAUUCAGGGAUUUUUAGUUUGUUAUCAUCUUAUUAUUAUGAGUCAGAUAAUAUUCGCAUACUCAGUAGAAAGAAAAUUUAGUUUAAAUUCGAAAAACAUCACAAUCUGAUUUACACCAUGUUACCAUCGUCCGGUAUUUGAUCAUUAUUCUUUGAAUUUAAACGUAUUUUGCUUCUUAUAGGCGUUGAUUCCAUUCUACGCGGAC